AUGGGUAAGAAGACCAAAAUUGGAAAGCAACGUCGAGAUAAAUAUUAUCAUCUCGCAAAAGAAGCAGGAUAUCGAUCUCGUGCUGCAUUCAAAUUGUUGCAACUUAAUAAGCGAUUCGAAUUUUUGCAAAAAUCCAGAGCAGUUGUUGAUUUAUGCGCAGCGCCAGGUGGAUGGCUUCAAGUGGCCACACAGAAUAUGCCCGUUUCAUCGCUUUGCAUAGGAGUUGAUUUAGUGCCUAUCAAACCGAUCAACAGAUGUAUAACUUUACAAGGUGAUAUAACCACGGAAAAAACUAGACAGAUGAUCCGGAAGGAGCUUCAUGGCUGGGAAGCUGAUUGUGUAUUACAUGACGGCGCACCUAACAUAGGACGUAAUUGGGUUCAGGAUGCGUUUCAGCAAAAUUGUCUAACACUAUCAGCUUUGAAACUUGCCACACAAAUAUUAGCAAAAAAUGGUGUUUUUGUGACGAAAAUUUUUCGCUCAAGUGAUUAUCAUUACCUGAUAUCAAUAUUUGAGAAACUGUUUAAACAAGUACACGUUUGGAAACCAGCAGCAUCACGUCUGGAAUCCGCAGAGAUCUUUGUAGUUUGCGAGAAGUACCUAAAACCGGAGAAACUCAAUCCCGAUCUCUUAGAUCCCAAAAAAGUGUUUGCUGAAUCGACACAGCAAUCAAUAACCUCAAAUCCGCAAUUAUUGUUACAACAACGCACAAAGUUGAAGAAAGUACCGGCAACUGGUUAUGAAAAUGAAUCUCUUUCACUCCAUAAAACAAUAAAUGCCACAGAUUUUAUUCAGAGUAGCGAUUAUUUGGAAUUAUUGGCUUCUGCGUAUAAAAUUGCUCUGGAUGAUGAAAGAUGGUUAAAUGACGAAUCGACAACUGAUGAAGUGAAGUAUUGUCUGGAAGAUGUUAAGGUAUGUGGUCCGAGAGAGUUACGAUUGAUACUGAAAUGGAGGCGAAAUAUUAUCAAAAAAAUCAAUGAAGAAAUGUCUCGGGACGAAGCCGAUAAUAAAACAAAAGAUGCUGUAAUGGUGGUCAAUCCUGAGGAUGAACGGAUGGCAGAAAUCGAACAGCAGUUAUUGACGGCAAAAGCAGAAGAAAAGGCGGCACUAAAGAAAAGGAAACGAAAAUUGCUGAAAGAUAAAGCUAAUAAUGAAAAAAAAAAAAAGCUAAAAAUGCUAGUAGAAGGAGAUACCUAUGAAAUACCCAAUGAACAAGAACUGUUUUCAUUAAAAAAAGUUGCGAGAGCUAAGGAUCGACGAAGUAUAGAUGUUAACAAUGUUUCGAAAACAAGGAAUAAUAACAAUGAGAGUAAUAGUGAUGAUGAUGAAGAUUCUACCAGUGAUGAUAAUAACGAUGAUUCAGGCAUUGAUGAUGACGCAGAAGAAUUUCAUCACGAGCAAGAUCCAUGUAUGUCAAAAGCAGAAAAAGUUGAAGCUCAAAAGGCAGAAUGGUUUGGCCGCCAUCAAGUUGCUGAAAUGAUCGAUGAUGAAGAAGGCGCUCUAAGAGCUGUUGAAAAUUUCAUGAAGAAAUUUAAGAAUGCUUCACAAGGUAGUAGAAAGGAGAACAGUGAAGGAAAUGAGAAGCUGAAAUCAAAUAUCGAGGUAUGGUCAGAUGAAGAAAAUAAUGAAGAUAGCCAAAAUCUGAAUAACGAAGGAGGAGUAGAUGCAGAAACUACUUCCGUCUUCAUUGAUGAUGAUGAAAGCGACGAGGAAUAUCAUGAUAUAGAUAGAACUAAUGCAAAAAAUUCCUCAUGUAAUCUAACUCAGACGGAAAAGCCAGGUAAAAUGAAAAAACUUUCUCCUGAACUACUUGCACUUGGAGAGCAGCUAAUAUAUUCGUCAAAAACAAGACGAGACCUGGAAGAUUGGGGAUGGAACAGAUAUAUGAACAAUGAUGAAGGACUUCCUGAUUGGUUUGUGGAAGACGAAAAGAAGCAUUUCAAAAAGGAACUUCCAGUUUCAAAAGAUCGAGUGGAAUUCUACAAAAAUCGUAUGCGAGAUAUCAACACACGAACAAUCAAAAAAGUUGCUGAAGCAAAAGCACGGAAGAAGAGACGACGGGAGCGGAAAUUGCAAUUAGCAAAGAAAAGAGCUGAAGGUAUUAUUGAAAGUGAAAAUAUGGAGCAAGCAGAAAAAGUUCGCGAAAUUCGCAAAUUAUAUAGUAAAACGGCCGCAUCAAUAAAAGAAAAGAAAAAGAUAACUUAUGCAGUAAUGACAAAGGGCAAACGAGGAAGCUUGGCCAGGCCAAAAGGGCCGUAUAAAGUAGUGGAUGCUCGAUUAAAGAAAGAUAAUCGUCGUCAAAAGCAAAUGAGUCAGAAAAAAGGACAUAAAGCCGGUGGUAGAAGUGAUGGACGCCGCAAUAGAAGAUCUAAUUAA